GUUGAUUAGUCGCCUCGGUCCCACCGCAUAUCCUUCUUGUCAGCUGCGGCCCCCGUGCUGCAGUGCUCCUGUCACCUGUGCUUCCGUGCUGCGUUCCUCUCUCGGUACAUCCUAAGCUCAGGAACCAUCGACUGCUCCGUACCUAUUCUAUCUAUUCUUCAUGCAUGCAUGCGCGCCCCCAUCUUUGACCUCACUCACGCCGCCCAGGAACAGCACCGCUGCGGCCGAGGCGCAGAUGCCCGCCUGGCGACCCGCAUCGAACAACAUCUAACACGGACGCUCCCGCACACUUGCCCCCAGCCACUGUACCAGAGCCGCUCAACCGCCCCGUGGACAUGAGCCAGUUGCAAAUGGACCACGACCAACAGCUUCACCACCACCAUCAGGACCAGCCCUUCGAGGAUCAUGGCUCCGGCUGGCAGGACAAUGGGCCCUACCAUCACCCCUCUCAGCAUCAAUCACCCGUCCAAGACUUCAACGGCAUGCCCUUCAACACCACCUAUACCCCGCUGUCCAUGGAAGCGCCCAUUUACAACACCGGAAUGCAUCCACCAAGGCCGGCCCAUACGCAAUUGCAGCCUCUCAUCAUGCCUCAAUGGCCGAGCAUGCUGACGAGUCAAUCCUCCUACGCACCUCCCAUGUAUCAUUCGGCACCCGUCCCCGUCACUCCAGCGUCAGCAACUCCAGUGUCCGCCACAUCAACGACUUCGCGACCCUCCUCGACGCCGCGCAAGACUCUUACGGACCAGGAUCGGCGGCGCAUGUGUCUUUAUCAUGAGGAACACCCUACCGUCAAACAGACGGAGAUUGGAGCCAUGUUCGGCGUUGAGAGAAGUACCGUUUCCAAAGUGCUCCGUCAAAAGGAAAAGUAUCUCUACAUGGACGAUGGGAGCCGUUCACCCAUCAAACGGUCAAAGGGGAAAUUCCCCGACAUUGAAAGGGCCCUGGCGAACUGGGCAAGGAAUCACCAGAGACAAGGCCUGCCUCUUACCGACGCCAUCAUAAGGGACAAGGCACGCUUCUUUGCAAACACAGUGGGCAACAGCGAGAGCCAUUUAAAAGCGAACAGCACUAGCUGGCUCGAGAAAUUCAAGCAGAAGAAUAACCUACUAGGAGCGAAGUCGCGGAAGAGCUCAAUAGCGGAAGAGUCAGAAGGGAACUCAAAUCCACCAUCCAAUGCACAGACUCCUGGAGGCAUCUCGCCCACUUCACCCAGCGGAGUAUCGCCUUCGCCCGUCACAACCAAGAAGACUGAAGAAAAUCUGAGCGUCAAGAACGAAGGUACGGAGCCGUUUGAAUAUUCGAGCCAUCGCCGGCCGUUUCACUCGCAGAGCCACACUUCUUUGUCCAGCGUCUUCACAGAUACCGCCCAUUCCUCCUUUUCGGCCGGACCAACCAGCCCAACCACCUUGUCGUCGCCGUUUUUCACCCCAGAUUCUGCCUGUGGCCAGAACCCUUUCAUCGGGAAUCAACAAGCACGCGGACAGCCGGGGACUGCCAAUUUCCAGCGUCCCAGAAGCCAAACAUUCCCGAUGCUUGUCGGUGUCGAGCAAUACAUGUCACCACCCGCGUCGUCGGAGCCUCUCACCCCAAAGUAUCUAAAUAGUACUGCCCUCGAUUCGCCCAUGGCGGAGAUACAGCCGCCUCUGACGACUGUCGAUGAAGCCCUACAGGCAUCGCCAGGCCAAGCUAAGACCUCCAUGCAACCGCCGCCAGUACCGCCUGUUACCAUUCCCGGCCAGCAAUCAGAUCCAUCCCAGACAGCAUCUGUGGCAAUGGAUACUUCUUCGCCCGUGAUACCAUCUCAGGAAGAGGCUGCCCGAGCCCUUGAGCUUGUCAUGAACUUUUUUCAGCAACAACCGCAAGGUUUCGUUGAGCCGCAAGAAUAUGUCAUGAUUGGAAAGUUGAUGGAGAAGCUCAAGAUCAAACGCAGCAUGGACAGUUUGGCUCCAGCGCGACACGCGUCAGAAUCCGACUUUGGAUCUCUUUCAAAGGUUGAACAGAUCGACCCAAUACGUUAGGGGACCUGUGGACCAAUGACAGAAGCACGCGCACUCUUGGGCGACUACUUGCCUCCUUCUGGGCCUUCGGAGUAAAUUUUCGAUUUGGUUUCAGCAUUCAUCCUUUUGAACGAUUUGGAGAGGGAGUUGGGAUGGCCACACUUCAGCACAACGGUGCAU